CUCUCUCUCUCUCUCUCUCUCUCUCUCUCUAGAGCUUCUUCCAUUGACGCAUAAUACAAUAUUAUAUGGAUGGCAUAGAAUAAGUGUCUGGGACUCGGACCGCUGGUGGGGUAUAUUUGAUGAGAAUGUAAUUGUUAAAAUAAGAUCAGGAAGAAACCUUUGACUCAUUGGCCAUUAGGUCUAGAAGCUUGUGUGUGUCCUUGUUCUUAGGGCUUUGCCCCGCAUAAGUGCUCUGAGGUCGAAUAAUGUAGAAGGGGUUGGUGAAAUCUGGCUCUGUUCUGGGUUGCCGGUUCUCUUGAAUAUGCCAUUUGGGUUUUGCUGAUAAAGCAAUAUACUCUGGAGUCCGACUCGGGAGGAGGGUUUCUUUGGCUUCUUCAGCUUACUGCAGGAAGUUGGAUUUCUUGGCUUCUUGAGCUUGAUUUAGGUUCUUUUCAUCCUUCAGAUUUGAUGUGUCCAUCUGGGUGUUUCUGCCCUACCGCAAAGUUUCAAGCUUUUGGCCCUUUGUCUCUCUCUCUCUCUCUCUCAGACAUAGAGAAGCUUAUAUUUUUGGACAUCCUUUUGGGCUAUCUUUUGGUUAGGUUUCGGCUUUCACUUGUUUCUUGUCCUUCGGUUGGCCUAAGAGGUUGCUUUGGGGCGGUUAGCAUAAGAUGCUUACUUGACUUCUCUGAGCUUGUUGAUUAAUAAAAGCCAAAGCUUGAUUGGGAUUAUGUUAUGCCUUUGGAAUAGUGGGGGGAAGCUACCAUUUUGGAGAAAAACCAACAUAGCUAUUUAUUGUGUAAAGUACCUCGAGUGACUACGGGCCUAAUCACCUGAUGCUUUGCGGUUAACUUACGCAAAUGUCUUUCAUCAAAGAAGGUGGUUGCGCUGGAUUAUUGACUUUUUCAAUCUCCCACCAAAAUUCGAAGAAGAGAAGACUGAGUUUUUGCCUGCAAUGAUGCUCGAAAAAUGCCAAGGAUGCUUGCUCUUUUUUCUUCUGCUUACAUUUUUGGACACCACUUUCGGGGCGUUUGUGGGUAUAAACAUCGGAACUGAUGUCACUGACCUUCCAUCAGCUCCAGACAUAGUAUCAAUCCUUAAAGAGCAUCAAAUCACCCAUGUGCGACUUUACGAUGCUGACCCUCAUAUGCUUAAAGCCCUCUCCAACAGUGGGAUUGACGUAACUGUUGGUGUGACCAAUGAAGAAAUCUUGGGAAUUGGGGUGUCCCCAUCAACGGCAGCAGCAUGGAUCAGUAAGAAUGUAGCAGCUUACUUGCCUUCGACGAAUAUAACGUAUAUCGCUGUGGGAAGUGAGGUUCUCACUGCGAUCCCUAAUGCGGGCCGUGUGUUGAUUUCUGCAAUGAACUACCUCCACAAAGCCCUAGUGGCUUCAAAUCUCAACUUUAGGGUCAAAGUCUCAGCUCCACAGUCCUUGGACCUAAUCCCAAAGUGGUUCCCUCCCUCCACUGCGGCCUUUAACUCUUCUUCGAACUCUACAAUUUAUCAGCUCCUUCAGUUCCUAAAGAACACAAACUCCUCUUACAUGUUGAAUGCUUAUCCAUACUAUGGGUUCACAGAAGGGAAUGGAAUUUUCCCGUUAGAGUACGCUCUCUUUCGGUCUCUUCCCUCAGUCAAACAGAUUGUUGACCCGAAUACACUUUUCCACUACAACAGCAUGUUUGAUUCUAUGGUGGAUGCUACUUAUUACUCAAUUGAGGCCCUGAAUUUUUCGGGGAUUCCUGUUAUAGUGACGGAAACUGGGUGGCCAUCCUCUGGUGGGGCCAAGGAACCCGAUGCAACAGCGGAGAAUGCCCGAACCUUCAAUGAUAACUUGAUCAGGCGAGUGCUGAAUGGGUCAGGGCCACCUAGCCAGCCUGAUAUGCCCAUUAACACAUACAUCUAUGAGCUUUUCAAUGAAGAUAGUAGACCCGGACCUGUAUCAGAGAAGAGCUGGGGCGUGUUCUUCACGAACGGGACUGCUGUCUAUCCUCUCAGUCUUGGUACCUCAGGCCGAAUUACAGGAAAUUCCACAGGCGAAUUCUGUGUGGCGAAGCAGGAUGCAGAUACCGACAAGUUGCAGGACGGGCUAAAUUGGGCUUGUGGGCAAGGCCAGGCUAACUGCUCACCAAUUCAAGAGGGUCAGCCCUGUUACACACCUAACACGGUUGUGAAUCAUGCCUCUUAUGCCUAUAAUGACUACUAUCAGAGAAUGCACGCGUUAGGUGGGACUUGUGAUUUUCAGGGCACAGCUAUGCUCACUGCAAAUGACCCAAGUUAUGGAUCAUGUAUUUUCACAGGAAGUUCGAACUCCAGCAGCGUACUCCUUCCUCCAUCAGCACUAGCACCCGCCAAUCCCCAAGCAGGAAGUUUCGCUGUGACUUCUGUUUCAAGACCGCAGCUCUUGCUCUUGUUGUGGGCAAUCUGUCUAACUCUCGUAUUGCUGUAAGUGUAUGAUCCAUAAUCGUACCAUUCACCUGAAGUGGCAUCUCUCUUUUUUUUAUUGAUCUGUCAUCAAUUUUGUUGGUGUUUAUAGUCGAGUCCCACUGUCGGUUCGGGCUUGCUGUACAUUCACUCUUAGAGCAGUGGAUAAAAUCUACAAUUUUUUCAAGACUAGCUGGGAUGUGUUAUUUUAACUGAGAAAUGACAAUGUGCUGAACUUUCUUCAUCUUAGCU